AUUAGAUCUCAGAAGGUCGCCAUUGUAUGUUGUGUUGAGUCGUACUAGGUGAAGCUCGCUAUUUGGCUUGGAUUUAGGGCUUCUUGGCCCUUCAGCACCCACCAAAAUGUCGUCACCUAGUGCAGGAAAACGUCGCAUGGAUACUGAUGUCAUCAAACUUAUUGAGAAAAAGUAUGAGGUUACUAUGCUCACUGGACUCAACGAAUUCUGUGUAAAGUUCUAUGGCCCAAAAGCAACACCAUACGAGGGUGGCGUUUGGAAAGUUCGUGUUCAUCUCCCAGAGCAUUAUCCUUUUAAAUCUCCGAGCAUUGGUUUCAUGAACAAAGUUUAUCAUCCUAACAUUGAUGAGGUGUCAGGCACUGUGUGCCUGGAUGUAAUAAACCAAGCUUGGACAGCUUUGUAUGAUCUAUCAAAUAUUUUUGAAAGCUUUCUUCCACAACUUUUAACAUAUCCAAAUCCAAUUGAUCCCUUAAAUGGGGAUGCAGCCGCAAUGUACCUCCACAAGCCUGAAGAGUACAAGAAGAAAGUCUCAGACUAUGUUAAGCGAUAUGCAACAGAAGAGGCUUUGAAGGAACAAGAAGCUGCUCAAGCAGACUCCUCAGAUUCUGAAUCCUCCAUGUCUGACUUUUCUGAAGAUGAAGCACAAGACAUGGAACUCUAACCAUCCCAGCUGACCCCUGUAUCAUCGCAGUCUCCUUCAUCCUCCCCUCCCCAUCACCUCAUGCUCCAGACUCCCAGCCAGCUGUUUAUCUGCCAUAGCAUAAUUUUUUCAUGGUACAUUUAAGAUAAUGUACAACCAUUCAUAAAAGUGUUAAGGUACAAUUUCAAGAUAUAUUUAUGCUGCUUUUGCAAAAAAAUGACUUGUAUAAUGACAAAUGGUUAUUGAGACCUUGCAGCUUUAUUUCAAUUACUUUUGUACAUAGUAACAUCUCUUCAGACAUCAACAAUAACCGCAUGUCGUUAAUGGUAUUUAGUCUAGUUAGACAGUGUGAUGAAAAUGGGAAUGUUGUGGGGUAAUCUUUUUAUUUUAAUGUAUAAUAUUUAAUAAAGCGAGUUUAUUUUAUUGUGUUUAUCUGUAGCAAGUAUUUACAAGACCACGUAGAGUGGAUUACAUAAGUAUGCAUUACAGAUUCAUUUUAGAUAAAAGCUUCAGUUCAAAUAGUCUUAUUAUCAUUCAUAAAGUAAUUAUUUGUUCAGCUUUUGGAAUUUUGCCACAUAUCCUCAGAUGUCCUUUGUUUUGUUUUGUUUUACCUUCAAGUGGCAUAAUUUCCUUUGAAAUUCACUGAAAUGUAUAUUACAAACAAAUUACCAAAAGCAAAAUGAUGCACGUAGUCUUAUCAUAAGCCAUUUUAAUCUUUCAUUAGUAUAGAAAAGAUAUUGAAAGUCUAACUUAUUUUGGAAAUGUUUAAACAGCAGCUAAGUUAUUUGGUAUUUUCAUUUUGCACUAAAUUUGGGAAAAAAGUUUUAUGUAUGAAGUUCAAAUUAAUCAGGUGAUAUAGUUUCCCCACUGAUAACCAAGGUAUUUUGUGAUUAAACACAAGUCUACAAAAGAGUUGUUGCCUUCAGACAAGUGGCUGGCAUCAUUGUGAGUUAUGGAGCUUCACAAUCGUUCAUAGAGAUUAUAUUAGUGUAAACAGUGACUCCUUCACAGACAAAUGAGAGAAUAGUUUUUAUACAGGAGACUUUUUUUUUUCUUAGUGCCACUUACUUGUUCCCCCCAUUGUGUAUGCUUGACUCAGCUCCCUUGUGCUUCCCUGUUUGCCAUUUCUCUUUUAAGAUGUACAUUCAUGGUAAAAGUAACUCAGCAAGUUGGU